AUGAAAAAGAGUACUAAGACUUAAAUAAUUAAUAAGUAAAAACAUAAUGUUAAUUCCCAUACUAAAAAAACAACAGAAAUUCAAUAAGAAUCUAUGAUAUAAAGUGGAAGAGAUUGGACUAAAUAAUCAUUUCGUAGUUCUCAAAGUCCAUCUUAACACAGUUCUUCUGGUAUUAGUCCAAUAACAAAAAGAAUGUCUUCUUCAGCAAUUUAAAUACCGUCUAAUAUUAGAAUGCAAAAGAGAUAUUCAUCUAUUAUUGCCAAAGGAACAGAGAUGAAUUAAAGAUCAGUUAUUAAAUAUUUAGGUUUAAAUUUAGAACCUGUAUGUGAUAAAAAGAAUCAUGAAAAAAAUAAAUUAAUUUACAUUUGUUAAAAUCCUUUGUUUAAAGCUUAAAAAUGAUUAGGUUGUGCAUAUUGUUUACUGGAAGAACAUAAUAAUCAUGAGACAAUCGAGAUAUAACAAUUUUGUAAACUUUUUGAUGAAAAAUAUAGAGUGUUCUUAGAAUAAUGUAAUUCUAUUCAGAAAAUGCCAGAAAGAGUUACAGAAGUUAAAUAAAAAUUUGAAUAAUUAGCAAAAGAAAUUUUAUCAAAGCUUAAAUUAAUAGAACAAGGAAUAAUAUGUGCAAUUAAUGGUUUCUUGUUUUGGGAUAAUUAAGAAAAUGGAUUGACAGAAUUAGUAGAAUAACUUAUAAAAAAGAAUAUUUAUGAUAUGACUUAAAAUGAACUUUUUGAGAGUAUAGAGUUUAUCUAAGGAAAACAUAUUAGAGAAACUACUUAGAUUGUCACACAAACCAAUUUGGUAGUCAAAAGAAAACUAUUUAAUUAGAUUUGACUUGAUAGACAUUUUUCCCACAAUUAGAAUCUGAUAUAAUAUUUGCUUUAGAUGAUAAUAAGGAAAUGUUUAUCCAUGAUCAAGAUCUCAAUCUCAUUCGACUACAAAAAAUUGAUAUUAAAAAAUAAAGAUUGGAUGGAUUAUCCUAAUAAAUUAAAGAACAAAUCUAAAAUAAUACUAUCUAAUAGAUAUUACCAGAUUUUAAAUAGGAAGAUAUAAAGAUAAUGAAUAGUAUAGUCAAUUAAUCUUUGGAUAAAGUUGCAAGUGUUCCUGAGAUAAAUAAUCACUUUGAUUAUAUGCAUACAGAUAGAUUACAUGAUUAGGAAUUAGAUGAAUCUCAAUAGAAUAUUUAAAAAAAUGUUAAUACAUUCCCUCAUAUCAUCUAUAAUCAAGAUUGUGAACAUAGAUAAACAUGUAAUACAAUACCCAUCUUUGCUUGUUGUAAUAAGGCUUACCCUUGUGCUCAAUGUCAUGAUUAUAAAUUGCAUCCACCUAAAAUAUCAGUACCUAGCUAUCGAUAUUGUAUGAAGUGUUUGGAAAUCUAUUUGGUCAUCUACCCUACUAAUCAAGCAGUUAAUUGUCUAAAAUGCUAAUGA